CAGUGGCUGCUCUGAGGUAUGGCUGCACCUACUACGAUGUUAUUGAGUACCUGAACAUUUCCUCUCACAGCAAGCUGCACACACACAUACUGCCCAAGGCAAACUUGAAGGAGCCCCUGGAAGUGAAGAUGGAUUUUAUGCUGGUGGCUAUUCUCUCCGUGGUCGAAAAGCUCCAGACAGUUUCCUUUUACUUUGUGUUGAAGCUGGAGUGGAAAAACGUAUUUGCAACCUGGAAUCCACAGGAUUUCUGCAACAUUUCCAAAAUCAUUCUACCCAUGGAUGCAUAUUGGUCUCCUUCCAUCUUCAUUGUAGAGCGAGUGAAUGGACAGUCCUCGAACUUUGACUACAUGGCCGUCAUGCACAACAGCAGCUUCAGAUCCACCCAGUCCUUCCAGGUUAUUUUAAGCUGCAGCUUGAAGAUCUUCAAGUUUCCCUUCGACACCCAGACGUGCAACUUGACCAUAGCUUCAUUUCUCUACCCAGCAGUAACAGACCUUGUCAUGAAGAUGAGACGGACACCAACGGAGAUGAUGGAAGAGAGCCAGAGUUACUUCCUAACUGAUGGCGAAUGGAAGUUCACCAACCUGAGCAUCAUUGAACACCUAGAAGAGCUGGAUGAUGAAAAAUUUUCUGUGGUCACCUUUGUGAUUUCCAUGGAGAGACGACCCACUCUGUAUGUGUUGAACCUGAUCCUCCCAACGUGUGCCCUGUACGUGCUGGAUAUGGUCGUGUUGUUUGGACCCAGCUCUCUGGAGGAGAAAAUCAAUUUCCAGAUUGCCAUCAUCCUCGGCAGCUCCAUGUUAGCUGUGAUUCUCAACGACAUCCUCCCAACUUCCACCAACCAACCACCUAUGAUAGUGGUAUUCUUCCUGGGCAGCUUCCUGCUCAAGAUCAUGGCUGUGUUGGACACCUUCUUCCUGUUGCACCAGCAGCACAAAUCCCUGCACUUAGACAAGGUUCUCCAAAGCUUCCAGCGAGACGCGCACCCCGAGCCGGCGAGGACAGCGACGAGCAGCCAGCCCGCCCAACUCCUUGCCAAGGCAGGCGCCCAACUGCCCAACCUCCCCAAGAAGGGCCAGGAGAAAGGGCGACCAGCCAAGCUCCGCUGGCUAUCAUGGGGCUGGGACCUGUUUCUGCCCAUUCUGGAGAAGGUGCUUCUCUACGCUCACUUGCUCCUGUCCGUGUUUUUUUUCACUGCGAUUUCUAUAAAAUGGUGCAGCUAG